UGGAAAUACAAACGGUCGUGGCUGAAGGGUAGUCUACUUAUCUCUUUGCAGAAGAAGGAAUUAUUGAACACAUUUUCCCUUUGAAGAUAAGGUAACCAAAAAAGUGGAGCGAAAUUUCGUUCUUAAAACACUACAAAGAGAGACCAAAACCUUGUGAAUAUGAAAACUAUGGGGUCUAAAAGUUGUUGUGCAAGAACUGCUCAUGAUAUUGUUCCUUCGGUUAGCUCCAAAUGGUUGAGGAAGAAAAAUCCACGUGUUGGACUGUUCUUGUGUUCUUUCAGAGUUAGAGCUUGUCAAUCCACUGCUAACAACAACAAUAAGGAUAUCUACAAACAAGUGGGUUUAUUUUCUCUAAGAAGGAAAAUUGAAGACACGGUUAUUCGUGCUGAGCUGUAUGCAUCAUCAGCUUUGGAAAUGGAAGAAGCAAGUUGGAUUAAGCAGGAAGAAAUGGUACGUGAUUCAGAUCUGUGGGAUGACCCAACUAAGUCCAACGACAUUCUUGUCAAGUUGGCUAACAGUGCCAAAGUAGUUGAUUCUUUAAAGGACUUGAGAUACAAGGUAGAGGAAGCAAAGCUGAUCAAGCAGUUAGCUGAGAUGAAUGCUAUUGAUUAUGGGCUCUAUAAACAAGCAUAUGAUGCAUCAGUAGACGUGAGCAACAUACUGGAUCAGUAUGAGAUAUCCAAGCUUCUUAAAGGGCCGUUUGAUAUGGCAGGAGCAUGUUUGGUUAUAAAAGCCGCUACUGGCAUCUUUUCAAAGCUCUGGGCAGAACAGCUCCUACAAAUGUAUCUUGGAUGGGCCAAAAGACAAGGUUAUGAAGGAAGGAUUGUUGACAGGUGUUUGACCGAGAAUGGAGGAAUCAAUUCAGCAACUAUAGAGUUUGAAUUUGAAUGUGCUUAUGGCUAUCUUUUGGGGGAAAAAGGAGUUCACCACCUCAUAAGGGGUUCUCCGAAUGAAUCUUCUCAGCUUGAGACUAGCACUGCAACUGUUGAUGUUAUUCCAUUGUUCCUAGAGAAAGCUCUUGAUCUUGAGAUUGAUUCCGAGGAUUUGAUUAUCUCGUCUCCCUUGAUUCAUGGAGAGCAGAAAAGACAAACUCAGCGUAUAGUUUGCAUUCAUCAUAUACCUACUGGGAUAACUGUCCAAUCUUCUGGUGAGAGAAGCCAGUUUGCAAAUAAGAUGAAAGCACUAAACAGAUUGAAAGCUAAACUUCAAGUGAUAGCAAUUGAGCAAGGUGUUGGUAGUAUAAAUGGUAUAGUGAAGGAUAAAAUUGUGAAUCUGUGGGAAGAAAAAACUAGGAGGUAUGUAUCUCAUCCAUACAAGUUAGUACAUGAUGUAAAGACUGACAUUGAGAUGUCAGAUCUAAAUAGUGUUUUAGAUGGGAAUAUUGGACCUCUUAUUGCAGCUCAUAUUAAUACUAGAGAGUAAUAAUGUCAUCAUUUCCAAGUUGAUGUUCAUUUCCACACCUUGUUCUUAUCCAUAAAUUAUUUAGGAUGAUAUACUUAGUAUUUUUACUUUUUUGGUCCAGCAAAUUUUUAGGAUUUACUUCAAUUCUUUGGUGUCUGACCAAAAAAGGGUAUCAAAUCGUCCAAUUUUGCCUGUACUGACAUAUUUUUGUUAAUGAGUUGAAUGUGAACAUUACUGUAUUCUUAA